GCCACGCGCCGGAGUUUGCCAGCGUCGGUGCGGAAGCGGGACGCGUGUGCGCGUCGGGAGUCUGGAUGUGGCGGCGGUUGCUGUGGGCGCCGGGGAGAGCCAUGUCCGGAGGGGUGCCGCCCUGCCGCCGCCAGCGCCCGCCCAAGGACCCGCUGCGGCACCUCCGCUCCCGGGAGAAGCGUCUGGGGGCCCCGGGGGCCUCGGCGCGAGGGGGGGCCAGCACCGUCUUCGUCCAGGUGGCGGCGGCGGGAACCAGGGACGCAGGGGCCGCCGUCUACGUCUUCUCCGAGUACAACCGGUAUCUUUUUAACUGUGGUGAAGGAGUACAGCGCCUUAUGCAAGAACACAAGUUAAAAGUGGCUCGCUUAGACAAUAUCUUCCUCACCAGAAUGAACUGGGCUAAUGUUGGUGGUCUGUCUGGAAUGAUUCUUACUUUGAAAGAAACAGGGGUUCCAAAGUGUGUGCUUUCUGGACCUCCGCAGCUGCAAAACUACCUAGAAGCAAUCAAAGUAUUUUCUGGCCCAUUAAAAGGAAUCAACCUAGCUGUGCGACCUCAUUCUGAUCCAGAAUAUCAAGAUGAAACAAUGACUGUCUAUCAAGUUCCCUUGGUGGGCAAAAAGCUGACAGAUGAGCAAAGGCUGCAUCUGAACUCCCAGUCAUCAAUAGAUCAAAAGCAUAUCAUGAGACCAGGAUCUCCCUCUGUGGAGCAUCAGUACCUAAAGAGGGACAGGAGUAAGGAAUCUCCUGAGAAAAUGGAUGGUAGGUGGCAGGUUGGUCAGAGGGAUCCAUCUCUGGUUGUUGCAUUUAUUUGUAAGCUUCAUCCAAAGAAAGGGAACUUUUUAGUGCUCAAAGCAAAGGAGCUUGGUUUGCCUGUUGGUACAGCAGCAAUUGCUCCCAUAAUAACAGCUGUGAAGGAUGGGAAGAACAUCAUGUUUGAAGGCAGAGAGAUCCUGGCUGAAGAAAUCUGUACCCCCAUGGAUCCUGGUGCAAUCUUUAUCAUAGUGGAAUGUCCUCAUGAAGGCUUUAUAGAUGCUGUCUGUGAAAAUGACACACUAAAAAGGUAUCAAGAAGGGAAGCAGGAGAAUCCUGUUGCUUUAGUGAUUCAUAUAACUCCAGAACCAAUUCUACGGGACAGCCGAUAUAAACAAUGGCUAGAAAGAUUUGGAUCCACUACUCAGCACUUGAUACUUAAUGAGAAUUGCCAAUCGGUACAUCAUCUCCGAAGUCACAAAAUUCAAACACAGCUCAACCUUAUCCAUCCGGAGAUCUUUCCAUUGCUCACCAACUACCAAAGCAAGGAAGAAGAGGCUGUGUUCAGUGUGCCAGUUACACGAGGAGAAUGCCUUCUCAAAUAUCAGCUGAGACCCAAGCCAGAAUGGCAAAGGGAGGCUGUUACGGCUUGUAAUCCAUCUGAAUUUGUAGCUGAAGCCUUGGAAUUGCCUGACUUCCAGGAUUCUGUGCAGAAAUGCAAAGAGAGCUUACCAGUCAGAUCAACCAUGUCAGAAAAUGCAGAUUGCUACCCAGAAGUUAUAUUCUUAGGAACUGGCUCUGCAAUCCCAAUGAAAAUCCGGAAUGUUAGCUCCACUUUGAUAAAUAUUAGCUCUAAUCAGUCUCUGAUUCUGGAUUGUGGAGAAGGAACAUUUGGCCAGCUUUGCCGCCAUUAUGGAGAUGAAAUUGACAAAAUACUGUGUAACAUUGCAGCUGUAUUUGUGUCUCAUAUACAUGCUGAUCAUCACACGGGCUUGUUGAAUAUCUUGUUGCAGAGACAUCGUGCAUUUAUGACCUUGGGUCAGUCCCCUAGCCCACUGUUACUGGUUGCACCCACACAGCUCAUGACGUGGCUGCAUCAAUAUAAUGAUCAUUGCCAAGAGAUUCUGGGGCACAUCAACAUGAUUCCUGCCCGGUUUUUAAUGGAAGGGUGUGAUGUCUUCAAACCUAAAGCAAAAGCAUUCAUUGGUCUGCUUUUGGAGAAAUAUGACUUUUCAAGGUUUCAGACAUGUGAGGUCCGACAUUGCAAGAAUGCCUUCGCUUGUUCCAUGGUCCACAAGUCUGGGUGGAAAAUAGUCUAUUCUGGUGACACAAUGCCCUGUGAGGCUUUAGUUCAAAUGGGAAAAAAUGCUUCUCUGUUGAUUCAUGAAGCCACACUAGAGGAUGGUUUGGAAGAGGAAGCUAUCGAGAAGACACACAGCACUACCUCCCAGGCAAUUGGGGUUGGAAUGAAGAUGAAUGCAGAAUUCAUCAUGCUCAAUCAUUUCAGUCAACGCUAUGCUAAAAUUCCUCUUUUCAGUGAGGAUUUCAGUGAGAAGGUUGGAAUUGCAUUUGAUCACAUGCGGGUGUGUUUUCGUGAUUUUGCUGCUAUUCCGAAACUUAUCAUGCCUUUGAAAGCCUUGUUUGCAGAUGAAAUUGAAGAGAUGGAAGAACGCAGAGAGAAAAGGGAGCUGCGUCUCCUGCAAGAGGCAAUUAAAGCUUCUGAGACCCAGGUAGUUGGUGAGAAAAAGGCACCCACCAAGAUAACAUUGGAGCACACAGAAGAUUCUCAUGCUGUACCAAACAAAAAACUGAAAACUUCCAACUGAACAAAGCAACAGAGUGUUGUAUUGUGCCUUUCUACCUGGGGGAGUGACUUGUGCCUGAACAGGAACACUUUCGAAGAUCCUGGGAGGGAUCUGCUCAUAUGAGCCUGCCCAAGCUAUUCGCUCCCUGGAAAACUACCUGUGUUGCUUCAACAAGUGAAGUUCCUGCUGGAACCAUUCACUGCACAACUAGCAAAAUGUGCUUCCUAGCUACAGUACUAGGAUGAACUUGGUAGCUCAUCUGCCAGCCAUUUUUCCCCCUUCUUAAAAAAAACCCUCAGAUAAGGGAUAGUAAAAAUAUUAUGCAGAACAGACAAAGAGAUCAGGUCACUUUAACAAAAGAGGGGAUAAGAUCUCUGUGAUAAGGAAUGCUGCUUCUUAUUUUGCAGUUCUCUAAAUAUUUAUCAGAUGGAGUGGAUAUGUUCCAAUAGAAGAGGAUGUGUUGUGUUAUAACUAUGCAUGCCUCUGGAAUUAAUACUGGAUAUAUCAAAUCAGUUUUUAAAUACUUUCCCCCAACUUAGUGUUUUCAGCAUAAUGCUGUAGAUACUUCUUUUCUCCUUUAAUCCAGGGCACCAGUAAAUAGAAUGCAUGCUGUCCUGUGCUACUAAAUUGGCUUUCAUCACUGCAGGGCAAAGGAAGAUUUUAGGACUGUGCUAAAUUACAUUCCUGCCUUCUUAAUGCAUUACAAAGCAUAAUGCCAACUCCUAUCAGCUCCAGCCAGCAAGGGCAGGGAUGAUAGGAGCUGUAAUCCAAAGGUGCUUCCAAACAAUACUUUUAUUGUGCAGUUGCCCUGAUUCAUUCAUUGGGUUUUUGGGGGACAGUCCAAACAACCCUCCAGUGUUUUCUUACUGCUGCUUCUUGACAUGAACUUUCCUCACCCUAAAAAAAUCUGUUUAAGAGAAAAAGGUAAAUUAGCUACAUAAUGCCUUUUGAUUGCUAGAAUCCAUCUAUCAAAAAGCAGCCCAACACCAAUUGAACACCCACAGGUUUUCCAAUGUGAUGUUCUCCAUGCCAUUAUAAUUGAUUAGCAAAGCAUUUUAAUGAAAGAGACCCCUUUGUUUGAUAGCUCUCAGGUAAGGGAAAGGUUGCAAGAGCAUAUAAGAUCUGCUUCUCUGCACCAGUAUAAUAUUUUAAAGAGGAUUUUGUAAGGAAACAAAGUGUGAAUGAAGCUGAAGUGUGAUUUCUAUUACUAAUGCAAAUUCUCAAAAAUUGUGGUGGGUAGAAAUAGCAAAUCUGCUGCUUGUGAGUGCAUUGACAUGAUCCCUGAUAUGAAAUGUGAAAGAAGUUCCAGGAUUGGGUGAUUCCUCAUGUGUAAAAGUGGUUUCCAGCUGAGGGGAAAAAAAUCUCAAAAAGCUUUUGUAGCCUGCUGAAAAAUACUUUUCCUGCAAUGCCCUUCUGACUCCACAUUCUUUACAGAAGGGGUAGGCAACUGCUAAGGGACCAGUUUUCAAGUUGGGUCAAGUGCUCAGGGGAUAUACUAGUCUUGGUUGGCUAGUUAUUGUGUAUAUGUGCUCUAAAGUUUUAUAAAGCAAAAAACAAAAACCCAACUAUAAGACUUAGUCUGGGUCAGCAUGCAAAGGGAUCUUGUAUCACUUUUGAGACUAACAGGAAAAAAGUUUGCAGUAUAAGCUUUCAUAGACUGAAUCAACUUCAUCAGAUGCAUGGAGUAAAGCACCUGUGGACAAACCUUUAUACCCAUGAAAGGGUGGGUUGUGUAUGUGUAAUAAAAUAAUAAUAAAAAAGGCAAAAUCUAUGGGUAUAGUGUUGAGGUGACAAGUACUGAAUACAUUAUAAUUCCCACUCAUACUUAAUUAUUAUUGAAUGUAUAUUUAUAUGUAAAUGAACCUUAAGGGGACUUACAUUUAUUUUAGUUAACUGAAUAUUGACUAGUGAUACUGAACUAAAAAGGAACUAAACUGAUUGAUUUAAACUAUAGUACAGUUACUGCCUUUUCUAAUGAUUAUCAUGUGUUUACUAGUUUGGUGGCAAAAAAUGAUAGGCUUUUAAAAAAUAAAAUAAGUUGUGGGUACCAAGGGGCAAUAUAAAAGAGCUUGUAGGCUACAAUUUGCCUAUCUCUGCUUGAUGAAAAAACAAAACAAAAACGAGUUACCCUUCAUUCCAACAUAAUACUGCAAAAAUGACCACUAAAGUGCGUAUCUCUA